CGAAUUGCUCACCUCUUGGCCGACUCACUUUCUGCAGCCACCCACGGCGUUGGUGACCUUGCUCCGUCCGAUAUUCAAAUAAAUACUGCUUCUAAGCACCUCGGAAAAGUGGACAUGGACAUGGAACCUCGGCUCCAGGGCCAGGGGGACCAGACAUCGCCAGGAGUCAACACCUCGACCCCAUCCUCCACAACCUCUGCUCGCACUGGCGUGCAAUACCCUUUCGAUAACCAAGCAGGCGACGACCCGGACAAUGCGGAUGCGAAGAAGGCAAGGGCCUGCGAGGCCUGUCGCGGACUCAAGGUUCGCUGCGAUCCAGAUCCCAAUGACGGCCCAUGCAGACGGUGCAAGAAGGCUGGCCGCAACUGCGUGGUUACGAUGCCGACACGAAAGCGCCAAAAGAAGACAGACAGCCGUGUGUCAGAGCUCGAGAAGAAGAUUGAUGCUCUCACCGCCAGCCUCCACGCCCGAGUAGCCCCAGGCGCCAGUCAUUCCAGCGACUCCCCGACACAUCCCCGCUCCGCGCCCACUGAAGAUGCUCCUUGGAACGGAUCUACCCAGGCUUCUGACUACCACCGAAAUGCGCAGGCGCAGCUCCAUGCCGAGAAGUCACAGACCCAGAAGCGCAAGGCGUCUGACUACGAGGCUGGUCCCGAAUAUAACAGCCGGGCGCCGCCGCCGAGCCAUAUGGCGCCAGCUAGCUGGCCCUCACGAAGCACAGACGGCGAUGUCGUCGACCGCGGGCUGGUCCCCUCUGAGCUGGCGUCGGAGCUAUUCUUGCGCUAUACGAGACAAAUGGCGCACAAUCUGCCGGGUAUCAUCUUCCCUCCCACAAUGACGGUGGCUGACCUGCGACGGACAAAACCAAUCUUGUUCCAUGCCGUUAUGGCGGCGGCUGCGGGCGAGAACCACUCCCUGCAGCGGGUUCUGCAAAAGGAGCUCAUGUACAUAUUUGCAGAAAAGGUCAUUGUGACGGGCGAAAAGAGUCUCGAGCUUGUUCAGGCACUCUGUGUUGCAGUUAUUUGGUACUGGCCCCCGGAGUACUAUGAGGAGCUCAAGUUCUAUCAGCUCAUCCACAUUGCUUGCGUCAUGGCCAUUGACAUUGGCCUUGGCCGCAAGACAGCAAAUAAGUCGGCUGCCGUUGCAGUUGGAUGGAGAGAAAACCCGCGCCGCGCACCGUUACCGGACCCUACUACGCUUGAAUCCCGCCGUACGUGGUUGACGUGCUUCUAUCUCGCUUCCAACACUGCCAUGUCCUUGCACCGGCCAAACUUGAUUCGCUGGACGCCGUUUAUGUCAGAGUCGCAGGAGCUGCUGCAGACGUCGCCUAAUGCGGCGCCUUCAGACAAGUACUUCUGCCACUUGGUAUGGACGCAUCACCUGGGAGAAGAAGCGGGAGUGCAGUUUUCCAUGGACGACCCGUCGGUGCAAGUCAGCAUUACAGACUCUAGAACGCAGUACUCGCUGCGCGUAUUGGAGCGAGAUCUUGACAGAUACAUUGCUAGUGUGCCCAAGGACCUGAUGCGACCUACUCUUAAAUUAGGAUUUGACGUCCUCAACCUCUAUAUGCACGAGAUGGUGCUUCACUCAGAGCCCGGCAACGAAUCUCUCCGUCCACCCUUCGACACCGAUAGUCUCAAGACUGGCUUCGUCAAAGACGAAACCAUCUCCGCUCCGCAUGUCAACGCCAUCUCGGCGUGUCUCAAGGCUAUUGAAGGUAUCUUUGAGACGUUCCUAGCCAUGGACAUUGACAGCAUCCGCUGCCUGCCCGUGUUCAACUUUGUCCGCGUGGCCUACGCCGUUGUCGUGCUCAUGAAGAUGCACUUCUCUGCUAUGAACCAGGAAUCCGAGCUCGGCGCCGUUAUUGGCCGCGAGAACAUGCGCGUUCAGCACUACCUUGACACUUUGCUCGACAAGUUCCGCCUCACCGCCGCCGACGACAAGUGCCGCCCUGCCAGCAAGUUCCUCGUCGUCCUCGCCAUGCUUAGGAGCUGGUUUGUCAAGCAGGGUAAACCCGAACCCAGCAAAGCCGACGACAAGGCCAAGGCCAAGGCUACACCGGCGCCAGCGCCAGCGCCAGCGCCAACAACACAGCCGCCGUCGAACCCACCAACGCAGAACCCGUAUGCGGCUGCCGCGGCGAAUGCAAACACGCCGCUGCAGCUGCUCUCUGAGGUCGCUACAGGCCAUGACGGCAGCGCAAACUGGUCUUACGGUGCAACUGGUACGCCGCCGCAGCCAAUGUUCCGUGAUGCCAUGAGCAGCGGAUCCGCUGGCCAGACGCCGCCUAUGGUUAACAUGGGCGGCGAUGUUGGCGGCCAGGACCAAGCCACCAUGGGCUUCCCGUCGUGGCUCACGCAGAAUAUGCUUUCCGACUUGGACUUUUCGUCCAUGGUCGAAGCGGGAAAUGCUGGCGUGCGAGCCGUAGACGACUUUUCAGCCAUGAACCAGGCAUGGUAUAUGAAUGGGUUCCAGGGACUGCCUGAUCCAAACUUGUUCCCGUUUUAAUAACGAGACUCCUGUGUUCUAUCUAGCUCACCUACGCUUCUUAUGUAUUAUAUUUUUUGCUUUUCUUUUGUACAGGGAUGAAAGGGGACCAGCAUUUCAAGGUCAAUGGCGUUAAAUCCUGUACUACUAUCACUACUAUAAUGGAACGAUAUCUUCACCUCUCAAAACGCUCAUCUUAUACGAUGCUUGACACAUGUUGCUACAAUGUACACCAAAAAGGAACCAUGGUUGACUAGUUACAACGUGCUCGAUUCUCGUACAUAGCUAUAUCUAGUUAUUUAACCCUUUGUUUGUUUUUUUGUAGCACUUGCGAUUUGAAAACGUCAAUCACACUGUUGCGUUGCCAAUCUUGGGGACCUACAAAUUGCAUCAUUUUUGAACCCCGCCUGAUAGAUUUACGCGGUUACAUCGCGGGAGUCCCAUUCCCGAAUCAUACAAUAAAAACAGCGAUACAUCCGCGUCCAAUCUUUGUAACAAAUCUCCAGAGUCCCAGACCCAUAAGCCGAACCUAAUUCGGCACCAACCAGCAAAUAAGACAAAGAAAACAAAGACAAUAGGGAGUAAGUGACCAACUCCAGCCAAACCUGGCAUCAAAGAGCUCCAAACGGUGUGAGUGUGGGUGUGCGCAGAGGAAUAAGGAGGAAAAAAGUGAUCGCCAUGCUGUUAUAAAAGAGGUGGGUAGGUAGCUUGCCUGGCCAUCCUGGCCGUGACAAGAGGGGAAUAGUAUGUGCAGUGAAAGAAGAUGAAGUCAGAAGAGCUCCAUGACGCUUCAAUCCAUGUAAAAGUCACCCUUGAGGAUUCUCUCCUGGAACGCAUCGGGCUUUGGACGCUCUGGCUUGGGGGGAGCAGGCGCCUGUGAGGGAGGCUGGACCAUGUCCGAAACGGAGCGAGCUCGGUCGUGUUGCUGGCGGGUGGGUGGAGAGCCGAAGGAGAAGGACGGCCGAGCGCCGCUGACAGAACUUUCGGCGCGCGAUCUGAGCUGCUCAGACCAAUUGAAUGCUUGCUGAUCUGCUCGAGGGACGGCAUUGUCAGAAGGGGCUCUUGUACUCAAGGUGUAGCUUGCCUGUGGUGGUAGUGAAGAAGACAGCACUAUGCUUGCACGACGACCGCCCGGCGUUGGCCAGGCUGCGUUGGCAGCGGGAGAUGACUUUUGAAUCGAUGCUCGGCGGCCGAGCUGGGAUGAAGGCGGGGGAGAGGAUGGAUUAUUACCAUUUCCUGGGCUGCCGCCGCCUGGUCUAUACCCGCGCAUAGCAGCAGCAUUGUUGGUGCCGAAGCUCAUGCGGCGGACAAAGGGUGUGCCGGGGGCAGUUCUGCUGGACUCUGGGGCAAACUCAUCGUCGUCGAUGGCAUUCUCGUCGAUAGCGCUAGAGUUGGUAGAAAUGCUGCCGCGUCGGAUGUUGGCAAAGACAGACGAGUUGGUGGGCGAGGUGCCGGAUAAGCCGAUGGUGUUGACGGAUAAGCGGCGACGCUGGUUAUCGCCGGGGGCGGGAAUGGGCGGCACGUUGCCAACCGAGGGGCCACGUGAAAAAAGGUUGGAGAGAGCUGCCUGGGUGAUUGAGCUGCGGCGCUGAGGCACGCCAGCUGUAGGACCGCUGUCGCCGGACAUGAUGAUUUUGUGGUGUUGGUGGUGUGGUGGUGGUGAGGAUAAGCGUUCGGCGUUGGGUGGCGACUGGUUGCGGAAAGUGUAAGUGGUAGGCCGGAGCUGUGCACUAAGUCCGACCUGUGAGCGCGACAGAGGCUGUCGCUAGAGAAAGCGUGUGCGUGUUGAGUAAAUAAGCGUAAGAUGAAGUUUUGGCCAAGUAGAUUGUUUGGAAAAGAAGAGAAAAGAAGAGAGCGUCCGAGGAGUAGAGGUUGUGGUGUGGGAAGAGAUAAGAGACGAGUGAGGGGGACGGGGAGCGAGGACCUAAAUGUACCAACGGGGGC